AUGUUCUACACGACAAACCUGAUGAUGAAAAAGUGCCAAAUGUCCUUGCCGUUAGAAGAUUUGAAUUCAGACUUGCAGAAAACCCUUGAUAGUGACUCUGACAGCGGACAGGGCAGCUGUGAAACAGCCUCUCCAGGUCACUUCAGCAAGGGGAUAGCGUCUCCUGAGGACAGAGAUUCAGAGGAAGAGAUUUUUGUACGUAAAAAAGCAAAAAGCAAGAAGGUGCUUCAGGACAGUGAGAGUGAAGAUGGAGAGGAUGGUGGCUUUUCUGUGCAGCACGAUACUCCGGGUGGAGACGAGGAAAACGGAGAGGAAAAAGAGAACAUUACUGCCCAGGGGAACAAGAAAUCUCGUCGGAUUCGCCAAGGUCUGCGAGAUAGCGAUGACAGCGACACUGAUGACCGAUUGCAGAUUGAAAAUCUUGAAACAAGCAGAAAGUCUGGCUUGCCUGAGAAUGAGUUGGAAGAGGAGAGACCCCUAAAAUCUGGGAAAAAGUACAGAAAACGUAAACAGCAGAAACAUGAUUUUGAAGAAGAGACGGCAAAAAAAGCUGUAGGAAAAUCAAGAAGAAGAAAGGAGAAGGAGAGAAGAAUUGAGUCCAUUAAACAGCUGAAAAAAGAAGAGAAGCCUAGUUCUUAUGGCAAGCAGGUAGAUGGUGGUGCGAGGUAUCCUUUUAAUGACAGUGGAUGUCUUCUUGAUGACAAAGAACUUUUUGAUAAUGGCUUAGAAGAGGAAAACGAUUCCCUCCCAGAGGAUGAAGAGUCGAUAGAAUCAAUACGAGCAGCAGUGAAAAACAAAAUAAAAAAAUAUAAGAACAAAGAAUGGUUUUCUGAGGGUGAAGGCUACAAACAUGUAUUUGAUGAUGAGAAUGAGGAACCUGUAUUAAAAGAACCAAAAAGGAAGGAGCGGAAAGCUGCAAGGUUAAGUAAAGAAGCCAUUAAACAGCUACAUAGUGAGACCCAACGACUUAUUAGAGAAUCGUCUGUGUCUCUCCCAUAUCAUGUGCCUGAGACCAAAAGCAUUCAUGACUUCUUCAAGCGUAGACCUCGACCAGUAUGUCAAGGAAAUGCCAUGGCAUUGCUGAAGUCCACUAAAUACCAGCUAUCCCUAAAUGAAGAAUCUGCAGACACUCAGAACUUGAACACGGAUUGCAGUGAUGGGCGAAUCGGAGGUGAUCAAUCAGCGGCUAAUGAACCAGAAACAAGCCUUGGCAGAGAUGUUGAUACUGCUGUGAACAAACCUCUUGCUGAUGUAGGGAAGAACUUGACAGAAGACUGUGCUGAAAAGCCCAGGCAGGACAGUGAUGAUUCUCCUACAGUUAGGACUGUAACAACUGAUAAUAAUACAGGAGAACAACAGCACUCUCACUUCCUCAGCACUGAUUGUAGUCAACAAAAAGAGAAUGAAAUUCCUCUAGCAGCUGGAGGAGAUGGCCUUGAGCAAAGAGAUGAAACAGCACCAGACUUAGAAUGUGAAAAAAGCAAUCAACAAGUGGGGCCUGGAUUGGUGGCACAACCUGAAAAAGUGAGGAAGUCCAAGUUGGAUAAACUUCGUGAACUGGGAAUAGACCUGUCCAUCAAGCCAAGAAUCUGCUCUGGCAAUGAAUCCUUUAUAAACCUCGAUGAAUCUGAUUCAAAUGAAGAAUUAGAAGCCUUGAAAGCACGUUUCUUGAAGCACACUCUUCGAACGUCAAAAUCCAAAGUUGAACGGACCAUAAACAUGAACAUUAUUCGUAAGGAGACUACAUCUGAAGGAAAAGAGGAACUGAAAGCAGACGUGGUACCGGCAGUGUUAGCUGCAGAGAGCCUGGAUGAAACAGUCCACACAAAGCCAGGUGAAAAGCUACAAGCGCUGAAGGCUAAACUCCAGGAGGCCAUGAAACUCCGCAGGACUGAGGAACGCCAAAAGCGGCAAGCAUUGUUUAAACUGGAUAAUGAGGACAUGUUGGAGGAGGAGGAGGAGGAGGAGGAAGAAGACUUAACAGAUGAGUCCGAGGAAGAGGAAGAAGGCAAUCAUGAGAAUGUGGAAUUUCUGCUUGGCGAAGCAGAGGAGGAUAAUGAAGAUAUAGAAGAGAAACACGUUGAAGAUGGUGAUAAAGAAACUGACAAAGAAUCAAGUGAUGGAGAAAAGCUGGAGAAAUCUGUGCACUGUGAUUCUGUUCCCAAACCAUCUUCAACAGAGUCUACAUUGAUGCUUUUUAAGGACAGCUCCUCCAAAAUGGGAUAUUCUCUUCCUGAUGAGAAACUUGAAAUGGAAGAAGCUGCAGACAAAGGACCUACCAAAUUAGAGGACGAUGAUUCAUUUUCUCUACCAACACUAGCAAAAGAGAAUAGCCAUAACAGCAGCUUUGAGUUGAUCGGCUCCAUGAUUCCAUCCUAUCAGCCCUGCAACAAACAGAUGUCACGUGGAGGGAACUUUUUAUCUGUGGCAGGAGGUUUCAGGUCACCUUCCCCAGGUUUUUUCAAAACAAGCUUCAUCAGCUCUGCUUCCAAGAGUUCAGGAAAGACAUCUGAGCCCUCUCUUCCCAUAGAAGAUUCCCAGGACCUGUAUAAUGCCUCUCCUGAGCCUAAGAGUUUAUUUCCAGGGGCUGGGGAGUCACAGUUUCAAUUUUCUCUGGAAGAUGACACUCAGAGCCAGCUGCUUGACGCAGAUGGGUUCUUGAAUGUUGGACAACACAGGAAUAAAUACCAGUCCUCAAAGCAUCAGCUGACUCUGGCUAGUAUGGAUGAGAAUGCAAUGGAUGCCAAUAUGGAUGAAUUACUGGACUUGUGUUCUGGACAGUUUAGCAGUCAAGCUGAACACGUGCCAAAUGCUAGCAGCAACAAAAAGCAGAACAUGGAAGAAUUGCUCAAUCUUUGCUCAGGAAAAUUCGUGUCUCAGAGUUCUCCAACAUGGGCAUCUUCAGUAUCUUCCAAGGCAGAAAAAGACAGUGACAUAGAAGAUCCAAUGGCAGAAGCUCUAGCACUUUGUUCAGGCUCCUUUCCCACAGACAGGGAAGAGGAAGAUGAGGAGGAGCAAGAAGAACUUGGUGAUUUUCAGCUUUUAACAGACGACAAUGCCUUUGAUAGUGAAGAGGAUGAAAAAAGUGGAGACAGUGAUCCUGAAGAAGCAGAAAUUAGCGAUGAAGAAGAAGAACUGCUCAGACAUAGACAGGGCUUGAAGAAAAAACUAAAACUGCAGGAUUUCAUGGAAGAUGAGGCAGAGCUUUCAGGGAGUGAUGUGGGAAGCGAGGAUGAAUAUGAUGGUGAAGACCUGAACGAAUAUGAAGAAGAGAUUAUUGAUGAGGAACUCCCUAAUGAAGUGGAAUUAGGAAAUCAAAUACAGAAAUUACACAUGAAGGUAAUGCUUGAUGAUGACAAGCGUCAGUUACGCUUGUACCAGGAGAGAUACCUCAUUGAUGGUGACCUGCAUAGUGAUGGCCCUGGCAGAAUGAGGAGAUUCAGAUGGAAAAACAUAGAUUAUGCUUCACAGAUUGACUUGUUUCAGAGAGAUUCAGAUAAUGAUGAUGAUGAAAAUGAACAGUUUGAGACAGAAGUGAAAUGGAGGAAGGAGCGAUUUGAACGAGAACAGUGGCUUCGUGAGCAGAAGGAAAAGAAUAAAGAGCAGGAGGAGGAGGAGGAGGAAAUCGGUGAAGACAGCCAGUUCAUGAAACUAGCAAAAAAAGUAACUGCUAAGUCCCUACAGAAGAAAGCAAGCCCAGCAGUAGUGGUACAAGACACAACACUAUUACCCAGGAACCCGUUUGAAACAUUCAGACCUGCCAGUGACAUCCAGAUAAAAAAUGGGUCUCUCUUGAACAGACCUAAAGGUGUCCUUCAGAAACUAGCAGCAAUGUCAGAUCUUAAUCCAAACGCACCUCGAAAUUCAAGGAAUUUUGUCUUUCAUACGCUUUCCCCAGACAAGAGUGCAGAGGCAAAGGAGAAAUCAAAACUUCAGGUGAAGAAAAGAGGUCCUACUGCAGCAAUAACAUCUCUGGCCAAACGGCCCAGGGUAGAGAGCACAGAGGAAACGAGUCAAAGCCGAAGCAUAUUCCAGUACUUGGAGAGCUGAAUAUUUGUGUUUAGGGCCAGAGGUUGUAUCUCAUCUCUUUGGCAGUUGCGGUUUGGUUUGCAAAUCUGCCAGCAAUCAUCAGGAAGGUAAACACAUUGCUAUACAUUCUCGUGCUGCCAUUUAAUUCACAAGUUCCAGUAAUUUCCAGGCAAUGGUCUUGUUUAUUCCCCUUUGUUUUUUCUCAGUGCUCCGUGGCAACUGAGAGCGCAAAAUCCAUGCUUGGUCUGGAAUGAAAUAGUAACUUGGUCUUUUCCCAAGCAUUAAGGAAAUUUACACUACUGUAGAACUGUCCUCACACAGUCUCACGUGUUUCAAUGAUAUCAGAUUCCUCUGAAAAUACCAUUUAUGUGACAGGUAUGACACAGAAAUGCUGCAGUUAGCUUAAAGCACAGAUGAAGGAGGUAUUUCUGCAGUUUUGGGUAAGAAGAAAGCA